AUGCACUUCAACUCUCUAGUACUGUUCACCAUCGCUGCAGUAUCCGCUAUUGCUGGCGCAGUUCCUGCAUCGGCGAACAAUGGCGGCAUCAUGUCGCUCGAAGAAAUGAAAGCAUUCGUCAAUACAUUACCUCCCGACGAAGUGACUCUAGUCGGGGACCCGUUUGGUACCCUCUCGUCGCGCGCUGCACUGUCGGUCACCGUCACAUUCUGCAGCACCCGGUCGGCGGACAUAUGCACCGGUCCGUGCACAGUCAGGACGCUCCCGGGUGGUACAUGUAUCGAUACGCCAAACACCAACUGCCUCGCCGCCACGGGUCAGGUUGUAUUCUGCGGUAGUCCUGCGUGUGGUGGAAUCUGCAACUUGCUCAGCACGUGCGCGGGGCACCUGGAAAACAAUUUCUGCUUUACGCCUGCAACCAAGUCGAUUGGUGUUCCCGCUGGAUCUUAG